AUGUGUCAGACACCCGACACAAGUUUGCUCAGAGAUGUAUUGAGAUCACAAUUGAUUGUUUUGUUUUCAUAUGUAAAUAAGGUUGACAUUUUGAAGAGCAAGUUUGGGUUUGAUGAGGCUUUUAAUUACAAGGAGUUACAAGACCUAGAUGCAACAUUGAAGAAAUACUUUCCUGACGGGAUUGACAUAUAUUUUGACAAUGUUGGUGGAGACAUGCUUGAAGCAGCACUUGUUAACAUGAGACGGCUCGCUGCAUUAGAAGCAAUGUUCACUGGCAAGAGUAGUGGCAAACAAGUGAUUUUACUUGCUAAUGAAUAA